GCAGCCUCAGAACAUAUUUUUGUCCUUUCACUUCAACCAAAAACCUCUUGAAUGUAGGCCUUGUUCCAUAGACAGAAUUCUGUAUAAAACCCAGGCGAAAGUAAGCGUUACACCAACACUACUGGAAGAACUGAGCAGAUCUCUCAAGUACAGAAAUAAACAGGCAUGAUGAACAUCGUUGUGGUUUUGACGUGCAUUGUGGGCGUGUCCCUGGCAGCUCCAACCUUUGACCCUUGCGCCGACAAGCUGAAGACAAUGCAAAAGUGUUUCAUUGACAAUGGCAUUCCUUCGGAAGAGGUAAAUGCCAUGAUCAAGGCUGUUUCAAUCGGCGACGUGGCAGGAAUGAACAUCACCAACUACUGUGGCGACAGAAAAGAUUCGUUUCUGAAUGCCACUAAAUGUAUGAGGGACGCUGUAACGAUGUGUUCUCCAAACAAUCUUAUAGCUUCUCUAGAAGUCGAUUACUCGAAAUACAUGGAUGGACUGUGUAAUGACAAAAACAUCAAACUUGAAUGCCUGUCUGUCGUAUCAAAGCCAGGAAUGGAAGAUGCAUUUAACAAAUGUUUCUCGGUCAAAAUUGCUCAACAGGGCAAUUCGACCACGGUGAGUGCAUGUGAUCAAGGAAAAAUCGCUUCGUCUUGCUUAGAGGCGGCGAUGAAGGAGUGCGACGCGCAUACUGCUGAAUUCUACCAUACUUUUCUGCAGAGCACAGUGGAACAAGUGUGCAAAGAGACGAUUGUUUUUGGCUAGAUUUGAGAGCAUGCCUUGAAAUUGAAGGAUCUGAGCUACUACACUGUAAAGGGGACUAACAAGAAAGCUUGGCAUAAUGAACUUACCCAGUUGAAAUCAUUGAGGACGUGCAUUCUGGUCAUUCGAACGCUUGAAGACGCCCUGUUUUGGAGAACUAAAAGAAGAACUUAGUUAUAUUCAUAUUGAUUAGAUUUUUUUUCAGUUCAGUUUUCUUUACCUGAGACUUAAAUAUUCAAAUCCGUGUUGUUAGCUUGUGUAAAUAGGUUUGAAUUGUGCCAUAAUUUGGCGUCCUCUACACCUUUCAAAUUUUUUAAAGUAUCUUUUCAGGGCCCAACACCAGUUUUUGUAGUUUAAACUUUUACUAAGCGCUAAAUGUUUUUAUUUAAAAAAUCAAUUAGAGUUUUGAUCCGCAAGAGGAGAUUCGUUUUGACUUUGUGCGAUUUCAAUCAGCUUAGUUUGGGGUAUUUUUGAGAAUAAAAAAGUAUACAUAAUAAUUGCUGACAAAUAUUAUAAUGUUCAAUGAUUACUCGCCCGAAGUAAUCACUACUGUUCAUUCUUUUCUUUACUCACGCCUUUUCGUCAUAAUCUGCCUCUACUUUGUAAAGUCGUGCCUUACAUUGAAUAACAUGACUUCAAGAGUUUCCUUCGAUAUUUGCAGGAUACAAAACAAUUUUUCGCUAUAGAAAUAGUAUGGUGUAUGUUGAGAACCAACGCAAAAUAGGAAAAAGACUGGAAAAUAAUCAAGCUGUUUGUUGUACCCCGCAGUUUGUUUUGCUCUAUUUGUGACUGAUGAAUUGAACGGAAACAUAAAAUAUCAUAUGUGUAUUAAAAGCCAUAACAUUCAGAAUAACAUCUAGAAAAUGAAAGAACAAUUAUUUAAGGAAUAAACGAACCAAUUCGAAACUCGAAAAA